AUGCCCCAGGGGCUGGGGGGGCAGCCCCGGCUGGAGAUGCCCCAGGGGCUGGGGGGGCAGGCUCGGGGCACAGCCGGGGCAGAGUUACCGCAGGCGGUUUCUCUCUCUGCACUGGAGCAGGAAGAGCUGCGGCCUCGGCUGUGCCACAUGAAGAAGGGUCCCAAUGGCUACGGCUUCAACCUGCACAGCGACAAGACCCGCCCGGGGCAGUACGUGCGAGCUGUCGACCCCGACUCGCCGGCCGAGGCGGCGGGGCUGGCACCCCAGGACCGCAUCAUCGAGGUGAACGGGGUGUGCAUGGAGGGCAAGCAGCACGCCGACGUGGUGGCAGCCAUCAAGGCGGGCGGCGACGAGACCAGGCUGCUGGUGGUGGACGUCCUCACGGAUGAGUUCUUCAAGAAGUGCAAGGUGGUGCCCUCUGAGGAGCACCUGGCAGGUCCCUUGCCAGAACCAGUUGCCAAUGGUGAUAUAGGGAAGGAAAACGGCGGAGAGCCGCGGUCCAACUCGGUGUCCGAGAGCCCGUCCAGCCCCGGGCCGCUGGCCGUGUCCCCCGACGCCGGCGAGACCCACGGCGAGCCCGACACACAGGGGGGUGACAAACGCCAUUCGGCAUCCGGCUCCCUCCUGGACCUCGACAUCCCGCUGGCGGUGGCCAAGGAGCGGGCGCACCAGAAGCGCACCAGUAAGCGGGCACCCCAGAUGGACUGGAGCAAGAAAAACGAACUGUUCAGCAACCUGUGA